AGCAACGCCGACCAAAACAAGCGCCGCGGCGCCGUCGGGACGCCAUCGAGCCGCUGAGCGUGCCGUCGUCGGCUGCCUUAGCGACGCCAGUCGGACGCUGGCGGUCAUCGAGCCUGCCGCACAACACGGCGGGCUGCCCAACUUAGCCAAGCCUUAGCCUCAGGGCAGCCAAGAGCGCCGCGCAAGGAUUCACACACUUGGAACAAGCAGCAGCGCAAAGGGAGCAAAAGGCCAACAUGUCGAACGCCACGUACAACGGCCAGUGGGCCGGCGCCAUGGCCGAGCUCGCCGAGCAGGUCCACCUCGAGGACCCCACCCUGGAAGCCGAGGAGGGCGCGCCGGAGCCCGAGCCCGUGCGGCCGACGUCGAUCGCCCAGGCCUUCCAGCACUUUGCGUGUUUGUACAUCAAGUACCUGCAGAUUUUUAGGAAGCUCGAGCGGUGUUACGACGGCAUGGUCCACCCGCAAAAAAGGUUGGCGGUGCUGAAGGUGCUCGAGUUAGUCAUGCAGCGCGUCGUCGAGUUGAAACAUUCCCUCGUCAAGUACAGCCCACCGCCGCCGGUAGUGCAGCAGGACAAGAGCUUCCCCUGGGAGUACGUGAACCUCGACAGUGUCUUGGUCGAUCUCAAACUGCCCCCGGAGACGCUCGAAGUGCCGGUACCAAAAUAUUUCCGGGAGGACUCGGAACAAGCGCGGAAAGUCCGAGACAAGAUCGUGGAAGGCUACAUGCAGGUGAAGCACGGUGUCACGGAGAUCCCCCUCGAAAGUUCGGAUGGGCAAGACACUAGUGGCUCCAUACCGUUAGAUAAAGCUAUCGAGAUCAUCCAGCUCAACGAGCGAGGCCGGCAGGGCAAGGAACGAGCUACAUUAGUCAAAGUGCUGCGGGAGGAGGAAAAACGUAGAAAGGCCUACGACGCGGCGCACGGCGGCGCCGAGCUCGACCAGGACGUCGCGUCCAUUGAGAUCCAGCGGGCUUUACGUGGAUUAGUCGCUCGAAAUAGAGCUUCACGACUACGAGACCGUGAGUUAAUCUUCCUCGGCAUGCGGCCAAGUAUCACCGAGAAUGUGGAUCGCGAAGCCCAGCUCAAGAAUGCCUACAUCAUGCGCAAGCAGGAACAAAAAGACAACAAGGACGCCUACGAACGCGCUUUGGAGGACAUGAAGGAGGUCGUGUACAACGACGAGGGGCCCGACAUGAAGCGCGAACUCGAGGGGGAGCGCACCGAGUGGCUCGCGGAUGCGAUCCUCGAGGAGGACACGACGGGCAUCAAGCCGGCCGAACUCGCGGAUGAAGGCAAAAAGCCACGGGAGCGCGGCGGCAAGAAGAAGGCGCGGGAACGGGGCCUCAUGCCCGAGUCCAUGCAAGAAUUUUACGACGACAAGUAUCCGGAACCGGUCGAGGAGGAGCCCGAGGCCGACCCCAAAGCCGACAAGGGGGCCAAGAAGGACGACAAGGGUAAAGGUAAAGGCAAGAAGGACGAACCGGAAGAGGAGGAGUUACCUUUGUUGCAGGAGAAGCGCGACUUGACCUCGAAGAUGUUCGAGACCACGGAACACUAUCAAAAUGAAUGGGAGGACUUCAACGAGGAGGACAACUUCGCGCAGAAGCACGACGUGGAGCUCGUGAAGAAUGAAAUUAGGGAUGGUGUGAAACUACAAAUCCGCGACGAGGUCGACGAGAUGUUUAGGGAUCAACUCAAAAAGCUCAAACAGGAGCUCGGCCAGAAUUUCGCGAAGCCGCCCAAGGCCAAGAAAAUCAAGCCUAGCAAGAAGAACGCCAAAGGUGAAAAAAUAAAGUUCAAGAAGCUCACGGGCGACAAGAACAAAGAAAUCGCGGGCCUUAGUGUGGAGGAGACUCUUGUUAAAUUAGUGGAUCACGGGUUGGUCAACUCCUACAAACCGCGCAAGAUCUCGGAUUUGGUCGGCGAUUUCAACUACCUGGGUACGGUUCGUCAAUCGUGCGAGCCGCCCCAAGGCGAAGAAUGGCAGCCGGCCGAUCCAAGCAUGCAGCAGUUACGAGCUGCUAUUACCGAAUAUUGUAUCCUACCUCUUGGUUCACAACGAGUGGCCACGGCCAUGCGCGGCGACCAGCACGGCGACGUACCUGAUAGCUCAUACGAGCCUGUUAGAUCGAUACUGUUAUACGGUCCCAAGGGUAGCGGCAAGACGGCCAUGGUCGAAGCGAUCGCUCAUGAAUUGGGUGCGCUGCUCAUCAACAUCUCCCCCGCCAAGGUCAAGGGCAAGUUCGGAGAAAAUAAGAAGGCUCCCGCGAUCCUUCCUCACCUCAUCUGCAAGGUCGCGACGGACCCGGCCUUCAGCCCCGUCAUCGUCUACAUGGACGACGCGCACGAGUACAUGGUGGGAAAAAAAUUUGAUAAACAGGGUCCCGGGCGCUUCUGCAAGGAGUUCCAGAACUACAAGAAGUCCUUUUUCACGCGGAAGAAGAACGGCGGCUUCUUCACGGUGUCAGCGAAGAAGGGCCCGCAGCCGUGCCCGCCCGACGACAAGAAUUGCCCGAACGGGACCUUCGACGCUCGCAUCUUAUUUAUCGGGUGUACGUCUCAGCCCGAGUUAGCGGACCCGAAACAAACGAAGCUCUUCUUCGACAAGAUGCUCUACUUUCCGUACCCCGACCACGCGUCGCGCUACAUGCUCUGGAAGCGGACCAUCGCGGAGCAGUUGAAGGGCUCUCCCGUCAACAGUGUGGGAGAUCUAUCGACGCUCGCGCACGUUUCUGAAGGAUUCUCGGCGGGCGCCAUUAUAUCUUGCGUGAAGAAGACGCUCACGAAGCGACGGGUGGAACGGUUGAGCAAAAGGCCCUUCGAGUCGUCCGAGUUCCUGAACCCUUUGGCGAGGGCGGCCGCCGAAAAGCAGCUCAGCUACCAGGACGACCACAAGGCCUUCCUCAAGUUCACGAGUGAGGUCGCGUCGACGCUCGCGACCGAGAAGAAGAACCUGGAGAUCAUCAAGGCGGGCGGCGAUCCGAACGCGAAGAAGAAAGGUAAAAAGAAGUGAUGGCGGCUAAGUACUUUUCUGUC